CACUUUAUAUCGGCAAUCUUUUAAUACGAUAUAAACAGUCGCUAUCCGACCAACGUCCGUGGUACACGUUCCGUAGCGAAACAAUGACAUAAAUUGUAUCAAUAACGAUUAUAAUUAACUAAAAAUAUUGUGUUAGUGACUAUAUUGAGUGCUGAACAACUAACUAAGAUGCAGCGGUUUCUACUAGCUGUGUUGUCCUUGUCUGUGGCAUACGCAUCUGAAUUGCCGCCGUCAUGCAGUAAGCCAGUGUACUGCAACAGCCAACUCUUGCAUUAUGUUCAGAUGUCAAACAUUUAUCCAGACUCAAAAACGUUCGUUGACCUUACGAUGAGAAAUGACGAAAACAGCACACUCGCCGCUUUCGAUGAUUUACUCAUGGUAACCAAUAACAAUCCUACUAAAGAACAAAUUCAAACAUUUGUAAACGAUCAUUUCGAUGCGACGAGUGAACUCGAGAAUUGGACUCCUCCUGACUACAGGCCAGAUCCAGCUUUUCUUGCGUCUAUUAAAGAUGAAAAGUUGAGGCAAUUCGGAAAGGAUAUCAAUGAUAUUUGGCCUAUUCUUGGUAGAAAAGUCAAAGCGGAAGUUCUCGAGAAUCCUGGCCGAUUUAGUCUUAUUCCUGUCGAUCAUGGUUUUAUUAUACCCGGAGGAAGAUUUAAGGAACUUUAUUAUUGGGACACGUAUUGGAUUAUUGAAGGCCUUCUCACAAGUGGAAUGAAAGAAACAGUCAAGGGAGUUAUAGGUAACCUCAUCGAAUUGUUAAAGACAAUUGGACACAUACCAAAUGGAAGCCGAUGGUAUUAUCAAGAACGAAGUCAGCCACCAUUAUUGACGGCAAUGAUGGCUCUUUACAUUCGAGAAACGAAAGAUAUAGAUUUCCUUAAAGAAAAUAUCGAUGCUCUCGAAGAAGAACUAGAUUAUUGGCUGAAAACGCAAUUAAUAACAUUUGAAGCGAACGAUAAAGUUUACACACUGCUUAGGUAUUACGCACCUAGUGAGGGUCCACGUCCUGAAUCAUAUUAUGAAGAUUAUACUGAAGCCCAAACUUUUGAAACACCGGAACGUCAAAGUCAAUUCUAUAUCGAUAUAAAAAGCGCUGCUGAGAGCGGCUGGGACUUUUCCACGCGUUGGUUCAUUAAUGAUGAAGGAAAUAACAAUGGUAGUUUGAGGACUAUUCGCGCAAGUGAAAUCGUUCCCGUUGAUUUAAAUUCCAUAUUUGCAAAUGCUCUUCAAGACGUCGCAAAUUUCCAAGUUCUUUUGCAAAAUCGUCGUAAAAGCGCACACUGGGCGUACCUUGCUAAGCAAUGGUUUAGUACAAUAAAAGAAGUAUUAUGGAAUAAUGAUGAUGGAAUUUGGUACGAUUGGGAUUUAGUAAACAAACAACACCGCAAGUAUUUUUAUCCGAGUAAUGUAGCACCAUUAUGGAUGGGUGUUGUUGACCAAGGAUUCAUCAGAAAAAAUGCCCCUAAAAUUCUCGGAUGGCUAAAAGCGUCAAAUGGCCUUAAUUAUCCUGGCGGUAUUCCCACUUCCUUAAAAAGAAGUGGCGAACAAUGGGACUUUCCUAACGCAUGGCCUCCUCUAGUUAGUAUUGUAGUAAAUUCCUUAGAGGCUUUAAACACCAACGAUUCUAUUCGAAUGGCUUUUGAAAUUGCCCAAAAUUGGGUUCGAGCGUGUCACACUGGAUUUUCUGCGAAUAAACAAAUGUUUGAGAAAUACGAUGCCGAAAUACCGGGAAGGGUCGGUGGUGGUGGAGAAUACACAGUCCAAACCGGUUUUGGUUGGUCCAAUGGUGUAGUUUUAGAGUUCCUAGGAAAAUAUGGUCAUAAAAUGACCUCGCAUGACUCAACAGAUGAUUUACUUACUGUAAUUCCAUCUAAUACUGCAUCAUCAAAGAAUACGGGAAAUGCGAAAAAGAAUUUAACUGAAUUAAACAUGCUGAUACAACGGCUUCGACGUUAUGUGCCGCUUUACCCGGUACUGAGUUUGUUGGGUGCUUGUGCGCACGCUAUCACCUUAGUUCCAACUUGCAAUUCAUCUGUUUACUGUUCUGGAGAACUCUUACGAAGAGUACAACUUGCACGCAUUUUUCCCGACUCGAAAACUUUUGUUGAUCUGAAGUUACAACAUUCUGAAAAUGAAACACUAAUAGAUUUUGCGAAAUUGAUGGCCGAAACAAAUCACAAUCCCACGCGUGAACAACUUGUUAACUUUAUUGAUAAGCAUUUCGAAGAAGGUAAAGAACUUGAAGAGUGGAGACCUCCAGAUUUUGAUCCCGAUCCACCGAUUUUGCAAGAGAUUGCUGAUCCUAAAUUGAGGUCAUUUGCUAAAAAUAUUAUAGCAAUAUGGGAAAAAUUAGGACGAAAGGUUCAAGAUGAUGUAAAAACCCAUCCAGAACAAUACAGUUUCAUUUAUGUGCCAAACGGUUUUAUUGUACCAGGUGGAAGGUUCAAGGAAUUAUAUUAUUGGGAUUCAUUUUGGAUGGUUCGUGGUCUUCUCAUUAGUAAUAUGACUCAGACCGCUAAAGGCAUGAUAGAAAACCUAUUGUAUUUAGUUGAAAGAUAUGGUUAUAUACCCAACGGUAGUCGCGCGUAUUACUUAGGCAGGAGUCAACCGCCUUUAUUGGCUGCCAUGGUAGCUAGCUAUUUUGCGACUACCGGAGAUAUUUCAUGGCUUGAGAAACAUAUUGGAACUGUUGAAAAGGAAUUAAAGUAUUGGUUAAAUAAAAAAAAGGUAACAGUCGAAGUAAAAGGAAGUAAAUAUAUGUUACUAAGAUAUUUGGCAGAUAGGAAAGGAAUUGGGCCACGGCCAGAAUCGUACUUUGAGGAUUAUUCAAACGCUCGAAUUUUGCCAAAUGAAGAUAAACGAGAAGAUUUUUACACGGAAAUCAAAAGCGCUGCAGAGAGCGGCUGGGACUUUUCUUCGAGGUGGUUUGUCACAGACAGUAACAAAGUCGUUGGAAAUCUAACGGACGUACAUGCGACUCGAAUUUUACCAGUUGAUUUAAAUGCAAUAUUUGCUGGAGCCCUUCAACUUGCUGGUAAUUUUCGUAAUACUCUAAAAGACCGAAGAGAGGCCCAAAAGUGGUGGAGCUUAGCAAAAUAUUGGAGAAAUGCUAUAGAUAAUGUUCUGUGGGAUCCUGUAGAGGGUGUUUGGUAUGAUUAUGACGCUCAAGCUAAAUCAUCUAGAAAACGUUUCUAUCCAAGUUGUGCAACGCCAUUGUGGGCAGGUGCAGUCGAGGAAUACAAUGCACCGAAAUAUGCUGCACGAUUAGUGAAGUAUCUCCUAUCGACCGGUGCGCUCAACUUUCCUGGUGGUAUACCAGCAUCGAUACAAAAUUCCGGCGAACAGUGGGAUUUUCCAAAUGCUUGGCCACCUCUUCAGAGUAUAUUAAUUGGUGGAUUGGAGGCUAGUGGUAACGAAGAGGCUCAACAAUUAGCUAAAGAGCAAGCCAAGUUAUGGAUUCGAUCUAAUUACAUAGGUUUUAGUAUAUGGCAGAAAAUGUUUGAGAAAUAUGAUGCAGAACAGCCAGGUCAUGAGGGUAGUGGGGGAGAGUAUAUAGUGCAAGAUGGUUUUGGUUGGACGAACGGAGUGAUUCUCGAGUUGUUACAAAGAUAUGGCAAGGCUAUGAUACUUGUUGAAAACCCAGUUGACCCUUUUCCUUCUGUUAGCCUAAUUUUAUAAAUCAUAAUAAUAUUAAAAAGUUAAGUUUAGACUAGUUAUAGCAACUUUUUUAUUGUAUUGUAAAAUACGUUUCGAAAUAAGCGAAAAUAUGUUUUAUACAUUACUUAAUAUAAAAGUAUUGUAAUUUAUUUAUUAAGUUAAAUGUGAUAUUAACAGUUAAAUGAUAAUUUAAUGUUGUAAUUAAAGACCUACUGUUUUUCAUUUC